AGGAGGGUGGAGCAGAGCAGAGCAGCGUCUUCCUAAAAGCGCAUUCCUCUUCCCUCGCUGUGCUGUUUGAAGCUAACCGUGACUGACGCUUUCUUUGACUUGUUUGUCACUGGCUGAGCAGACGGACUAAACUCCGCUUCACGGUUCCACCUGAGCAGAUUUCACCCCGUCUCCUACCACGCUUUUACUUUCACUUUCCCAGCGGGGGAGCGGAAAACACAACUUGGGACAGAACUUGUUGAUUUCCUGGAUGGAAACGGACAGUCUGCUGACCGGGAGUGUGAACGGAGUGUCCGGGGACUAUGGCUCCUCGACGGGCGAAGAGGACCGCGGGGCCUCGGGCAAUAGACGGACGUCGUACGCCGUGGCCGGGGACUUGUGCACGGUCGGCGGGGACACAGAUGAUGAGGACCUCUACAUCCAACAAGCUGUCGUAUUCAUUGAGGAUGCCAUACAGUUUCGGUCCAUCAACCACCGGGUGGAUGCCCGCUCUCUCCGCCUGUAUCGAUGGUACUACUCCAGGAUAUGCCAGUGGGGCUUGGGCCUAACCAUUGCGGUGGUCUUGUUGCUGGCAUUCGUGGAGCGCCCCUCCUCCCUGUCCGCUUCCUCGGACCCCCGGCAUCGCUCUCCACCCUGGGAGCCUCCCUGCGGCUUCACCGAAAGCAUCGAGAUGGUCUGCCUCAUCAUCUUUACUCUUGAUCUUGCUGUUAAGAGCUACAUGAUUGGCUGGGAGGAACUCAGAAAGAACAAAUGGCUGAUCGGCUACACAGUAGUCAUUUCAGUCUCCACCAUCGACUGGGUGCUGUCUGUCAGCAUGGUGUGUGAUGAGAAACUUCGAGUACGGCGACUCCUCCGGCCGUUCUUCCUCCUGCAGAACUCUUCCCUGAUGAAAAAGACACUCAAGUGCAUCAAGAGGACGCUGCCAGAGAUCGCCAGUGUCAUCCUGCUGCUGGCACUCCACCUCUGCCUCUUCACUAUGAUCGGCAUGCUGCUGUUUGCUAAAAGUGAGGAUCCAGAAAAGAACGAGGAGUGGAAGCUACAUUUCAGAUCCCUGCCUAAUUCCCUCACCUCUCUGCUGGUGCUGCUCACCACUGCCAACAACCCAGAUGUGAUGAUCCCUGCCUACUCCCUAAACAGAGGCUACUCCAUCUUCUUUGUCACCUUCAGUGUGAUUGGAACCUACUGUUUGAUGAACUUACUGACAGCUAUCAUCUAUAACCAGUUCAGAGGAUAUUUACUGAUGUCGGUCCAAACGUCCAUCAUCAGGAGACGACUGGGGAUCCGAGCUGCUUUCCAAGUCCUCAGCUGCCAGGGAGCCCAGCGGGCUGUCGAGGAGCAUGUGCAGGUUGAUGUGGUGCUGAAGGUGAUGUCCAGGGUCCAGAUGAAGUGCUACUACAGAGCAGCCAUCACUACGGAUGCGCAGCAGUAUGCAGAUGUGGGCUACAUGGAUCGAGAGCAGUUCACCAAGAUAUUCGAUGCCCUGGAUAAAGAUCAAAUUAAAGAGCACCCUCCCUUGCCCCAGUACAACUCUCCAGUUCUGCAGAGAUGCCAGGUGAUCUUCAGUCACUACUAUGUCACAAUACUUGGCAACGCAGUGGCACUGGGCAAUGUAAUUUGCAUAUGUACCGUCCUGGUGUUGAAUUCUGAAAAGUCCACAGCAGAGAGAGACAACUUUAUCAUGGAGAUCAUCAACCUGUGCUUCAUCCUGUACUACCUGUUUGAAAUGUGCGUGAAGAUCUUUGCGUUCGGCUGGAGAGGAUACCUGUCCUACAGGAAUAACAUCUUUGACGGCUUCCUCACCAUCCUGCUCCUGGUCCUACAAUUCACUAUAUAUGUCACCUACAGGCUUCCAUAUCCUGACUGGGACCCAUCUUCCCAUGGCAUGAUGUCUCUGUGGGAGAUGCUCCGGUUGAUCAACAUGUUGAUUGUGUUCCGCUUCCUGCGCAUCAUCCCAGAUAUCAAGCUCAUGGCUUUGGUCGCGAGUACUCUGUUGGACCUGGUGAAAAACCUCCGAGCCUUCGCAGGGAUACUGAUGGUGGUGUACUAUGUGUUUGCUGUUUUUGGGAUCUGGCUGUUUGAAGGAGCCAUUAAACCUCCGCCAGAGAUGAGUGUGCCCUCCAAUUCCUCCAUGGGGAACAUCACCUCCAGCAUGGAGUGUGGCACCUACGAGCAGCUGGGCUACUGGCCAAAUAACUUUGAUGACUUUGCUGCAUCCCUCAUUCUGCUGUAUGAUGUCAUGGUAGUCAACAACUGGCAGGCCUUCAUGGAUGCGUACAGCAGAUACACCACUGAGUGGUCGAAGAUCUACUUUGUGUGUUGGUGGCUCACCUCCUCUGUCAUGUGGGUCAACCUGUUUGUGGCGCUCAUCUUAGAGAACUUCAUCUAUAAGUGGGACCGUAGUCACAGAUGCUCCGUUACAGAUGUGGAGAGGAUCCGAUAUGAAACCUCUGUUCAGCUCAUGUUUAGAGAGCAGAUCCAGGAGCCAACUGAAGAGGAAUUGCUAUGUCAACUACACCAACACCCCCAUUUACACCUACACUGGUGACACACUCACACACUCACACACACACACACACACACACACACACACACACACACACACACACACACAGUAUCAUUUAUUGUUACUAAAUGAGUCUAUUGUGUGGUAGAAGCACUGAAAGCGUCAAUAUUACAGCAUUCUAAUACUAGUGUAUUUUAAUUUUUAUUACUACUGAAACAAGUAGGAAGCACAUGUUAUGAUUUGUCAUGUUGUUCAUGAACCACUGCAAGCUGUAGCCUACACAGGUUUCUACCUGGCAGAGGCUCUUGUGGAGGCAGACGUCAUGUCAUUGGUUGAGAUCAACAUGAUUGGGCGGAGCUAAAGAACCACAGGUUGUGGGCCAAAUCCAUACUGUAAUACUAUACAGUAUAUUUGCAAUAACUGCACAAGAAAUGAAUCAAACUGCGACAACAAAAAGCUCCUGCCAAUUUUAAAUUAAAGGAACGCCACAUAGAAUAAGCAUAUCCAAAUUUCCGAAUGUAACUACUUGAUGAUUUGUUUGCCAAGCUGUGGCACCAACGUCCUCGAGAGUUUCACUAGAGUGAAAACAACUGAACGGAGUUUGGGAAGGGCUUCCAGUGGCGGUUCUAAAAACAUUAAUGCGAUUUUAGGGGUACCAAAUACAGUAUAUUAAGCACAAGGUCUGGUUCUCCCAUGAACUACACUAUGAUAAUUAGCCUGGCAUUGUCAGACCCAUCCGUAAGGUCUGGCUACUGCUUAUCAUUCUGGGAAAGGGAGAAAAAAGGCUGUGGCUUGUUUGUAUUUCUUUAAACCAAUCAACAACCUUUCUGGGCGUGGGUGAGAGGGGGUGCCAGAUGUCCAGGCUUCAUCGCAGCAAUGUAUAUCUGUUGAGCCAGACUAUAUAACAAUGAAAACAAGAACACUCAUUCAGUGUUAAUGUACAUUUCAAUUAUCACUACCAAUCAAUAAUUACAAUUUCAGGAGGGCACAAUAUAGGCAUAAUAUAGGCCCCUGUAGGCUUAAUAUUAUAAGGGCACUCCCACUCACACGGGGAACCUACAACAUUUUUCCAAUGUGAUUUGCUAUGUGGAACACAUUUACAGUAAGUUGUCUUUUUGAGGGACCAUCCCAGAUGGGUUGGUGUCUUUUCUCCUCUGCACUGCAGGAGUGUACGUAUAGUGUCACAGAAAAGUAAGAAGUAAAGAAGUAAAAUAACAGCAGUUGCACAACAGCAGUUUCCCCUUUUCCUUGCCGCUGACACCCUGUAAAACCGCAACCCCACUUCACCCUGCAGUAGCCAAUCAUGUAGCUGGAGCCCUGUACAGUAAACAGGAAACAUCACUGCCUCUAUCGCUGCCACAAGAAAGCCAAAGAACACCAAACACAAGUUCAGAACUGCCCGUGAAAUGUUUUUUUUUGCAGGAUGGUAGCGGAAGACUCAUGAAUAUUCAUUAGGGAACUCAACCCUGAAUGGCUAGUACUCAUUGCCUGCACUGGUUGGGUUGGUUAGGUUUAGGCAAGAGGAGGGUUAGGUUUAUGCAAGAGCAGUGGGAUUGGUUAUGGUUAGGGUAAGAAUGUUAGGGCGAGCCAAUCAGGGAUGAGUCUUCCCCUACCAUCCUGCAAAAAAAAAUUUGCGAACUACCCGGGAGUUUCCUCAGUCCCUCCGUCUCUUUAAUUUCUCUCUUUCUCUGGGCAAUAAGGCUGCCUUCAAGUGCGCUCGGAAAUGUUGAGAUCUACAAACGAUCUGACGGAAAACAGUAAGUGUGAAAUAUAAAGUCUACUUGUGCUACAUUGGCGAGGGUUAGAGAACACAACUGGACGUCACACAAAUGGGCCGUUAAAGUGAAACUCCCCCCGGCCGCACAACCCUGCGGAAAAUCGCCGGAUCGCUGUCGCUUUAUCGUUGGUCUGAACGUGCCCUUCCUGCAGGGCACAGCUGCUGUCGGCCGUGGUGCUGGUCUGAAAGCACCAAGCUGUGUUCACAUUAUUUGGUGGGGGGGAAACACAAACCGGUUGUUUCCUCUGUGCAUUUUCUUGAAAGAAAACCAAAUUUCUCAUGUAGAAACUUUGAAAAAGAGUCAAAUUUGACCCAAGGACAACAUGAGGGUUAAACAAUGUCACAAUGUCCUCAUACAUAAACGUCAGAAUAGGUUGACUGUCAAUGACUCCCAAAACAACAUAUAUGACCGUUGUACUUACUGCUGCACGGUGGCCGUUUUAAACAUGUGGCCUUAACAAGUGACCGCGGUGGCAUUUUUAAUCACGUGACCGCUCUAUUUAACGUAACGGUGGCAGUUUUAAAACACGUAGUCGACAUUGUGAAACAGAACGUGUUAAGAUUAGGUAACCAAGUACUUAAUCAGGGAUUGGCUUAAAAUGAGUAACGUGAAACUGCGUCCUCAUUACGGACUAAGGUCC